AGCCUUCCAAAUCAUGGCGUAAAGGAAGCAAAUCGAAACCUGUUACUACAUUCCUUUUCCUUCCUCUUCCCUUUUCCCCCCCUUCUCCUCCUCCUCCUCUCGCUGUCUCUCUUUCAAUCUCUUCCUUCCCCUAGUUCCUCCGGUCUCUGUCCUUCAGUUUAUUGCUUGAACAAAAGUUGAGAAAAUGAGUUUUGGAGUCGUAAGGCGACGGAUUGCGUCUGGAGGCUCUAAUCUGUUUUCUGCGCAGUAUUUACAGGGAAUUCGACCUUCCAUUUCUGCAGGAAGAGUUCGUUCUGUUGCUGAGAAAGAGAUUUUGCACCAGUUUAGAAGCUUCGGACAUGUCAGAAAUUUUUCUCACCUACUUUCACCUGGUGGCCUUGCAAGUUCUCAAUCUCUAAGGUUAGCAUUUGCAAGUAUGCAGCAAAGACCUAUGAUACAAAUGAAUGGUCGGAAUUUCUCUUCAGAUAGUGGGGACCUGCUUGAUGUUGUUGUCCCUCCAUUGGCUGAAUCUAUUACUGAUGGAACACUGGCAAAAUUCUUGAAGAAUCCGGGUGAUAGAGUAGAAUUGGAUGAAGCAAUUGCUCAAAUUGAAACAGAUAAGGUUACAAUUGAUGUCACUAGUCCAGGAGCUGGUAUUAUUCAGAAGUUUGUUGCCAAGGAAGGAGAUACGGUGGAACCAGGUACCAAGGUCGCUAUUAUUUCAAAAACUGGUGAGGGUGUAACUCAUGUUGCUCCUUCUGAGAAAACAUCAGAGCAAGCUACACCUCAGGCUGCCCCAGCUGAAAAAAUUGAAAAGCCUGCUGAAACUACAGUCAGCCAGAAGCCCAAGCCACCAUCUCCACCACCUCCAAAACGGUCAGCUACAGAACCCCAGCUUCCACCAAAGGAUAGAGAAAGACGAGUUCCAAUGACAAGGCUCCGAAAGAGGGUUGCUACACGAUUGAAAGAUUCUCAGAACACAUUUGCUAUGUUGACUACGUUCAAUGAAGUUGACAUGACUAAUUUGAUGAAGCUUCGUUCUGAUUACAAGGAUGCUUUCGUAGAAAAGCACGGAGUCAAGUUGGGUCUUAUGUCUGGAUUUAUCAAAGCUGCUGUCAGUGGGCUUCAGAAUCAACCUAUUAUUAAUGCUGUGAUUGAUGGGGAUGAUAUCAUAUACAGAGACUACAUAGACAUCAGCAUAGCCGUCGGCACUCCUAAGGGUCUUGUUGUGCCAGUCAUUCGAAAUGCUGAUAAGAUGAAUUUUGCUGAGAUAGAGAAGGAGAUAAACACCCUUGCAAAGAAGGCAAAUGAUGGUACCAUUUCAAUUGACGAGAUGGCUGGAGGUUCCUUCACCGUAUCCAACGGUGGCGUUUAUGGAAGCCUUUUAAGUACCCCAAUUAUUAAUCCUCCUCAGUCGGCAAUCUUGGGAAUGCACUCUAUCGUCUCCCGUCCAGUGGUGGUUGGAGGCAAUGUUGUCCCGAGGCCAAUGAUGUACAUUGCUCUAACAUAUGACCAUAGACUCAUUGAUGGAAGAGAGGCAGUAUUCUUCUUGCGCCGCAUCAAAGAUGUCGUGGAAGACCCAAGGAGACUUCUCCUUGACAUAUAAAAAGUGUGCCUCCUAAACCGUAAGCUCUUUAUGAAGAAAAACUUCCAAAAUCCUUGAAGAAAAAAAAGAAAAAUCAUUUCAGAAAUAAUAAAAAAAAAAUACGUUUUUCUUGAGAUUUCAAGUUUUGUAGGAUAUUAUUUGCAUAAGUAAUUGCGGCUUGUCUCAUAAUUUGUUGAUACUGAAAUGAGAGAUGUUGUGUUGGGGAAAGCAUGUUUUUUCUAAAGCGGUGGGAAUUGCCAUUGCCAUUGCCACGUCACCUUCCAUACUCUAUUAUAAUGGGGUUUUAGUUAUUUUAUUUUUACCCAAACUGGAAAAUAUUUAAAGCCUUCCAAAAGCCUUGGUUUCUUUUAUGGUGCUGUUUAAAGCUUGUAGUUUCACAGGGGGUUUCCUCUCAUGGUUCGGACCCAACUCAGCCUUGGCAAAGGUUGCGAUUUAAAAGCCUGCUAUCUCCUUUCUUUAUAAGUCUUUGUAUUAUUGUUGAGAUAUGUUUAUUUUUCCAAUAAUAUUACAUUUACAAUGGAGGUCUGUAAUUUGGCUUUUGACAUACCUAUAUAGACUAUAUAGACUUAUGGAGGAUGCAGAUGAAAACCUUUCUUCUUUC